CUUGACUACACUAUCCAUGAUUAUUCUUCUCAUUCCGGCUCUUAUCAUCCCCAACAUAUAUCUGUCAAUAUGCCUACACAGCAAGCGUCAAGAUGGUCAAGUGGACUACAUGACCAUGAACAAUAUAUCACCAUAAAGUUUGAAACACCUGUUGUUGCAAGAUCAAUCACUUUCGGUAAAUUUCAUAAGGGUCAUGUGUGUAAUCUAAAAGAGUUCAAAGUGUAUGGUGGUAUGGACCCGAACGACGAUAUGAUUGAGAUAUUACACAGCGGCCUGAAAAAUGAUACUGAGCCAGAAUCAUUUCCUUUAAAGAACCAACAAAAAAACAUGAUUUUUCCUAUGAAAUACGUUAAAAUCGUACCACUUUCUGCGUUCGGUGCAAAUUUUAAUUAUAGUAUAUGGUAUGUGGAAAUUCGAGGAAUUAAUGAGGAAUCCGUGAUCCAACGCGUUUGCUCAGAAUACGAAAAUUUUAAAGAAACGGAAACAACCCGUCUUUGUUUGAAAUACUUCCGUCAAAAAAACAUGAUGGAUGUAUUCGAUAUUUUAAAGAACAAGACUGGCGUAGAACUAGAACAUCCAUUAUUAUCUGAUUUGCAUAAACAUCUUGUCAUGGAUGCAGAUUUCAGUGCAGCAGAAACAGUGCUACAACAAGCUCAUUUACGUAAUAUUUAUAAACCUUAUUCAGAAUCUGCAAAAUACACUCCUUUCUGGAAACAGAUUCAGCUCGAUGAUUCUCCAAGUGCAAGAGGCGGUCAUCAGAUGUGUAUUGAUGUAGAUGAUAGGAUGAUUUACGUAUUAGGCGGUUGGAACGGAAAAAGAGAUUUAGCGGAUUUUUGGUGCUUUGAUAUCAAUGAAAAUAGAUGGCACCUGUUGAGCCUGGAUACUCAACUUCAAGGUGGUCCAACUCCUCGGUCAUGUCACAAGAUAUGUUUUGAUCCCGCCAGUAAAUCCAUCUUUGUACUAGGAAGAUAUGUUGAAUCUCCUGUUGGGCAAUCCCUGGAAUCUGAUUUCUAUAGAUAUUAUGUCGAGUUUGACCAAUGGAUAAAACUGAAUGACCAUACUGCGCGUGAAGGAGGUCCUGAAUUAAUUUUUGAUCAUCAAAUGUGCGUCGAUCCACAAGGUGAAACUUUGUAUGUUUUUGGGGGACGAACUGUAAACGGUGAUACAAACAUUCAAAAUUACAGUGGCUUAUACUCUUACAACAUCAAAUUAAAUCAAUGGAAACUAGUAAGGAACGAUGAUAUGAAAACAUCAGAACCUAAAAAUUGUGUACCUUUAAAAUCAAGAGUAGGUCAUUCCAUGCUGUUUGAUCAAAGUCAUCGAUUAUUAUACGUGUUUGCAGGGCAGCGUGUAAAGGAUUAUUUGUCUGAUCUCUAUCAGUACGCUGUGGAUGAGGAUGUAGUGACAGAGAUAGCUCAGGAUUAUAGUAAAGAUGCCGGACCUGACGCAGGAUUUACCCAGAGAGCCACAAUUGACGAGGAUUUACAAGAAUUAUACGUGUUGUCAGGAUAUAUGCGCAAUCCAGGUUGCGACAUUGUUCGUAAUGCGCUUUGGGUCUACUCAAUUAAAAACAAUGAAUGGCAAAAAAUCUAUCAGAACGAAAAUCGUGAUGUGAGCCAUGCGCCUUGCCCAAGGUUUGCACAUCAAAUGGUUUAUGAUCCUACUACAAGGACACAAUAUAUAUUUGGUGGAAACCCUGGAGACCAUUUAGACUCUAGUAAACGCUUAGAUGAUUUCUGGGAACUGAAAUUAACAAAACCAGAUCCAGCUUCAAUUCUUCGUCGUAGUCUUUACAUGAUUCGUAUGCAAAAGUUAAGAGAGUUAUGUAGCAAGGCAUGUGACAAACAUACCGAUGAUAAUGUGAGCUCAGAAACAUUGACAGCUUUGGAUUAUUUACGCACACAAGUUGCACCGGUUGUAAACCAUGAUAACGAAACAGAAUCCAAUGAAUUUCAUCAAAUGUGCGCAAACCUGUGCUUGUUAAAAACAAUGGAAGAUGAUGAUGUAGCCAAAGAUUCCUUCAUGAGCGAAAUUGUAAAAUCGGAAGAUGCCUUGUAUGCAGAAAGAACGCGACUUUUUGAAAAAUUGUUAGAAUACAUUCCUCAAGAAAUGAAAGAACCACUGGGAAAACUAACAAACGCAGUCAAAUUG